CUGAAGAGACCGUUCAGCAGCAAUCAGGAUGGGUGAGCCGCCAGUGAAGCUCAUCAGCUCGUUCGGCAGCACGUUCAGUCACCGCGCGGAGGUGGCCCUACGGCUAAAGCGAGUGCCGUACGAGCUCGUCCUCGAAGACCUUCCAAACAAGAGUGAAAUGCUGCUGAAGCACAACCCCGUCCACAAGAAGGUCCCUGUGCUCCUCCACGGUGACGCGCCGGCCAUCUGCGAGUCCCUCGUCAUCGUCGAGUACAUUGAUGAAUGUUUUGCCGGGCCGCCACUGCUGCCCGCCGACCCCCAUGGCCGCGCCACCGCCCGUUUCUGGGCUCAGUUCAUCGAUGAAAAGUGCAUGAAGUGUCUGUGGGCGGCGCUGUGGAUGGAACCCGGCGAGGCCCAGAGGAAGUCCAUGGUGGAGGCGAAGGGGAGCCUGACGUUACUUCAGGAGUACCUCGGGGACAUGAGGUUCUUCGGAGGCGACUCCGUUGGCCUCGUGGACAUAGCCGCCAGUGGGCUGGCGCACUGGCUCGGGGUCAUGGAAGAGAUCUCUGGGGUGACCGUUCUCACCGGCGAGGAGUUUCCAGCCCUUCGCCGCUGGGCGACACGGUAUGCGGACCAUGAGGACGUGAAGGGGUGCCUUCCGAAGAGGGACGAGCUCGUCGCCAUGUUCUCUGCGUUCAAGGAGAUGUUCCGAGCAAUGGCAAUGGCGACUCCGCAACAUUGAAGUGAUCCGGUCGCUCUUAUAUGUUUUUUUAG